AUGAGUAGUGAUAGUGAACAUGAAGAGCUUCUUAUAGCGACUCGGUCGCGAAGGGCUAAUGCAGGUAAUAAGAUGCAGAAACUAUUGCAAAUGGAGUUAGAAGAAGCACAGAAGCGUACCGGGGCAUUAGAUGAUGACGAAAUCAACCUAUUAUUUCAGGAAGAUGAAGAAGAUGAAGAAUUUACUCUGGGUUCUAAAAAGCGGGAGGAAGAUGAAGAUAUGUUUAGUGAUUCUGGAGACGAAUCAUCGGGAGCCAGUGAUGCAGAAGCGGGAGAACACGAACUUCAAAGACAAGAACGCCAAAAGCGCAAGCUGAGUCAAAAGAAGAAAAACCAUGUACCCGUUAUUAAGAGAGCAAAAACAACCGGAACCCAGAAAACGUAUAAAUCUCCGAGCGAUGAGAUUAAUGCAGAGAGUUUGUUAGCUGUGUCUCGUCGUACUUCGAAGAGAAGUGCUGUUGUGGCGAAUAAGUUAAAGGUUUAUGAGAGCCUCACCAAAGCUGAAAAACGCCGUAAAUUAAUCCAGGAAAAGCUUAGAAAGCAGAGAGAAAAACAGAACAUCAGACCUUUGACACAAGAAGAAAGACUCAAAAUUGCUGAAGAAACAGAAAAGUUCAAUAUCUCAUCUUUAAACAAGUAUAAAGAACAAGAGAUAUCUAAAAAACAAACUAGAAUGGCUAUGCAAUUGAGGGAAAAAAUGAAAUUCAAAGAUGGAGAAAAAAUUAUACGAUGGAUUUCAACACAAUGGGAGGUCUCACCUUUGGUUGAGAUCGAAGAUAGAGUCUACUGGGAGCAAUACACUGCAAAGAGAGAUAAAACCAAAAAGAAAUAUGUCAGGAGGAAAAAGGCCCAAAUCGAAGCGGAUAAAUCGAGAGAGUCGAGUACAUCAAAAGAAGGGACACCAAUUAAACAAGAAGAAGACCAAACUUCGGAAAAUACAGUUCAAGAGUCUCUAGAAAAUAAUGAUGAACAGGUAAACGUGACUGAUACACAGACUGUCACAAAUGAUUCUAUUAAAAAUACUUCGGCCGGCGAAAGUGAUAACAAUGAUAAACCCGAAGAUAUUCCGUCCUUUAAUCCAACAACUAAAGCGGAAGUCGUGGAAGUUGAAGAAAAGAAGUCAAUUAACCCAGCAUAUGUUCACACUGAAGAGUCGUCUACCGUGGACAAUAGUAAUAUAAUACCAAAUUCUUCGGAUUCCAAUGAAAUGAAAAAUGAUAAAACUGAAGUAGCUGCUGAAGAGUUACUUGAAGAUCAGAGUAAGUCAUUACCGGAAGACUCGUAUACGGAACUUCCUAAAAAAGAAAAUGAAACAGAAAUAUCCUUUUCUACUAAACCAGAUCCCCUAAAAGAAGCCAGAAUGAAUGACAUGAACUCAAGUAAUACUUCGGAAAGUAUUAAACAUAUAUCUUUUGCUGAGGAAGAUCAAAUUUCUGUGAUAAAUUCCGAAGAUCCUCCUAUACUUGUGCAAACAUCUACGGAGGUUUUUGACAAAUCUGAAACCAGCUCAAGUGUUGAACAAAAUAUUUUAGAAGAAGAAAAUAACGAACCUGAAAUUAAGUAUGAAGGGCCUGUUCAGAGGGUAGGUAAAAACUUUCUAAUACUCUAUACCUUUCCGGAUGGUCCAUUCACACCCUACCCCAAGGAUUUCAAGAAAGUCAUUCUAGGGGAUGACUGGUUGUUGCCUUCAAAAGCAAGACCAGAUGAAGUUAAAACAAUCACCAAGAUCACAAUUGCUGAAGAACAAGAGCCUUUACAAUGCAUCUUAACUCCUGAUACUUCCAUAUUGGACAAAUUCCCACGUUUUGGUGAGUUUGAUAAGAAAACGCUAAGAACGGUGAAAAUGGAUACAACAAAGAAAGAUAAGAUUGAAAUUAAAACAGAAGCACCUACUGGUGUGUUCUUACCAAACGGAAUUAGAAAAAACUGUCUAAUCACUAACAAAGAGUGCAAAUAUUUCGAUCCAAAGAAUGGUGUUCCAUAUUCUGACGUCGAAGCUAUCAAAACUAUUCAACAAUUACAAGAGUAUUAUGAUGAGGAAGGAGAAGCUUUAAAUCCAAGAUUCAAAUGGUUCGGAUUUGGAAGGGGUGGUAUCUUUCUAGAUGUCUUACAAAGACCAGCUAAGGGUGUCCCGGAGGGCUUUAUAUAA